GAUGGAUGGUAGGUUUAGAGUCUCUUUAACAGACUCGACAAUGAUGUGCAUUGUGCACCAAGCAAUGGAUAAAGCACAUGAGAAAGUAAAAUCCAAAGAAGGUGUUGUGGAGCGCUUGAAUGAGAUAUCAAAAUUCUACGAGUUGGCGGUAAUGCAGUUAGAAGGAUGUCUGAAGUUUGUGCAAGAUGAGACAGACAACUGCGUACUUGACAGCGAUCAGGAGGAGGUGCUCGCGGACUUAACAAAAAUUAGAGACCGCCUUCAAGGACGUCUUAAGGAGUCGGAGCUAGCUAUUUCAGAAAAGGACAGAGAGUUAACAGAGAGAAUGGAAAAUGAAUUGAAGCUUAAUCAAGCAUUGGAACUAAAAGAAAGAGAAUUGGUUUCGUUGCGGGCUAAACUUGAGCUUGAAAGAAAGAAGAGUGAAGGGAUUGAGGAGUUUGUUCUUGGGGAUGAAGAUAGAGAUGGUGAAUUUUGUGAACUGAAGCAUUCAGUGGAUCAACAGGUACGGAAUAUCAAACAAAAACUUGGGCCUGAUUACAAAUUAAUAGGUGAAGAAAGAAAUAGAGGUAUUGACAACAAAAAGAUUGAACAAAUGGGCUUAGACAUAGAUAUGUUGAAGGAAACUUUAGACCUUGCUUUUGCAAAGAUGCAAAGUGCUAUUUUUUUGUCACGGAUGGGGCCAAUAGAGCAGCAAUGGAGGUGGUCUAUAGAGAAAGAUACAAUUUAUGUGUUGAUUAAAGGGUUAAUGAGGAAUUUCCAAGAGAGUUUUGAAACAAAAGUGAAGAAGCAAGUUCUUAUUGGCUUGAAUGAGCAUUGGUCUGAUUUGAUGAAUGAAGUUGCAAGCUUGCGCUGUGAACUCGAGCCACUUUGUAGUCAAAAUGACAUGCAGGGGAGUAGUGUUAAGGCACAUAAUGCUUCAGCCGCUCCAUCACUUGCAGGAGGCAAUAAAAUUUCUAAUGUAGAAGGAGAAAAGUCUUCACCUGAAAAUGAAUGCAAUAGAACACGAAAAUCCUCCUUGAAAGUUGAAGAGGCAGAUCAUAAGGAAAAGCGUACUGAGAAGGAACAAGAAGUGGAUGAAAGUCACCAUGUGGCUAAGAUGAUAAAAAAUCAUGAGUCUUUUAUUCAGAAAAAAAGUGAAGAGCUGAAUUGGCUUAAGCGAGAAAUUCUUCGAGAAAAAGAGUUUUCAUUCAGGAGAGAAAAGGACACUCAAAGCCUGAAAAGAAGAAUCCAAGAAGUUGUUGUGAGAUUGGACAAUUUAAUGGAUUGGAAUACUAAGCUGGGAAAAACUUUAGGCUACCAUGAAGCUGCACAUGGGGAUGAGAAUUUUCUUGAGAAGAGGGAAUUACAAUUUCGAGAGAACACUGAUAAUUUGGCAGAUGUCUGGGAGAAGAUUGAUAGAGUUACAGUUUCUUAUGUAUUACGGGAAGAGCAACGAAAUGAGAUAUGGAGGCUAAGACAAGACAAAGAAGAUGCAUAUUUGCAAACCAUGAUAAUGGAGGAGAUCCAUAUUACCCUUCUCAAAGGUUUAAUGAAAGAAGUUAACAUUGAAUCAUACUACUAUGAUUUAGAGAACUUGAUACGCGAGGACAUAUAUAAAGACGUGUUCAGGGAAAUGGUAAGGCAGUGGAAUGAGAACUUUGAAAGUGACAAAAUUGAUGCCCAGAUUAGAAAAGAGAUAUUUUUCAUCGUCUUUAGCGAGGCAUUGAAGAAUUAUGGUUCAAAUCAUGACUUUGCAUUAUUGGAGUUUCAAGAUAUCGGGGCUGUUAGUAAUUUGGUAGAAGACUCAACAUCUACUAACAAGUUAUUUAGUAUAGAGGGUGCUGUAGGGGAGGAUUUACAGGCAGCCUUGUUCGGGGGAAUUUUUAAAGAACAAAGCAAAUGCGCAGAAGGUUAUAUCACUGAAAGCUUGAAUAGAGAAGAGAUAUAUAGGGUAGUCUUUAGUGAAACCAUCAAAAGCAUUGUUAGCACUGCCAAUACCAGGGAGUUUUUCCUAAGUGCAGAAAGUCUUGUAAAGGAGGAUGUCUGUAUGCUUUUAUUUAGGGAGAUGGUGAAGGAAUUGAAGAUGGGCAUAGACGCAUAUAAUAUGGAGAGUCUAAUAUGGGAAGACAUAUUUAAGUUUGUCACUGUAGAGGCAGUGAAAGAUGCCUUUGUCUUGCAUAGAGAAGAUGAGUCCCGAAUUCAAGACAAUCUCAAUGGAGACAUGCUCUCUCCUAAUGGGAUAUAUAAUGAUCUACAGGAUACUGGAGAGGGGAAUUUAAUGCAACAACUAGAUUCUCUAUCACAAUCUUUUCAGUUGGAGGAAAAUCUGAUGCUAAGUGCAAGUUCUGAAUUAAAGGAAUACACUACACAGCUUGACCUUUUGGGCUUGAAAAGUGAAGAGAUAGAUGGGCAUCAGAUAUUUGAAGAGUUUCCAAUUGAUGAGGAACACACUUUCAGUUCAGUAAGCGGUAAGCUAGAGAAGGCCUUGCAACAAUUGGUCUCGAGUAAGUCACUAUUAGGUGAAUUGGGAUCUUGUUUAGGUGUUGGCAUUGGUGAUUUAGAAGAGGGUCAUGAUCAGAUGACUCCUAGAGUUGGUGUUCAACAUGUUGGACAGCCCUCCUUUCACUCUUUAAAAGAUAAUGAAGAGGAGCAGUUAGAUACACCAGUUUCUAUCUUAUCACCUCUCCUGGGAUUUAUGCAAGCGCUAGUGGAUUUUGAGCACAAGGUACACAAAAAUUUAAGGAUGAACAUUCUGAGGUUGGAAGAAGUGAAGUACAAUUUAGAUCCGCUUAUUGGGCUAGUGGCCUCUUUGAGAAAUAAGGAAUUGCUUUACCGGAAGGCCUUUUUUAGGAAAUGCCAGAAUCUGCAGAAGGCUGAAGUUGAGGUAGAUUUGCUAGGUGAUCAAGUGGAUGUCCUUCUAGGCCUACUUGAGAAGAUAUACACAACACUGCAGCACUAUUCACCAGCUUUGCAGCAGUACUUUGAGGUCUCUGACAUUUUGAAUUUGAUUAAGAAGGAACUAACUGGAAGAGCUGUUCAUAUAUCCAAUUAGACUCUGUAAACUGUGUUUCAUUUCUAUUCUUCUACUGCUUCUCUUCCCUGACUUCAACACUUGUUUGAACGCUGCAUCG